AUAAAAUAUAGAACCUUCCGUGCCAGACUAGUCAACAACCCCCCUCCAACUCUCUUCUUAAAUACCCGUUCUCCUUCAACACGCUUCUUCACAUCUAACCUCUCCCCUUCUUACAUCUUCUUAGGAAUUUGAGUUUCUUCUCUUUCAUAUAAACAGUUUCAGGAGGGAAAAGGGCUUGAAAUCGGUUCCGUCAUCCUUGCAAGAUUUCAGAAUCAUUUUCAGCCCUUCUUCUCAUCUGGGUUCCCUCAGUUCCCCUGGUUCAGGCUUCACACUUAACUAAAAUUUGGUUCUUGGUGUUUCUGAGCUCAUACCCACCUACCCAGAAACAGAAAUCAAACGAUCAGCCCAUAAGUUUUAGAUUCUCCUGCUAAUUCCAAGAGUAUUCACCAUGGCUACAACUUUCAAACCUGUUCUCUUGCUUUUUGUUCUUAUAUCCCUCUUUCUUUCUUCCUCUGCUCAGACCUGCUCGAGCUAUACCUUCUCCAGUGGCAAAUCCUUCAGCAAGUGCAGCGAUCUCCCCGUCCUCAACUCUUACCUCUACUGGACUUACUACCCUUCAACCGGAACCGCUGAUAUUGCCUAUAGACAUACCGGAGUCUCCUCGUCCAGAUGGGUUGCUUGGGCAAUCAAUCCUGGAUCUAAGGCGCAGAUGGUUGGGGCACAAGCUCUCGUAGCUUACAAACACAGCAAUGGAUCCAUUCUUGCUUACACAUCCUCCAUAAGUAGUUACGAAACAACAUUGCAGCAGAGCAGCCUAAGUUUUUCUGUCUCCAAUAUCUCAGCAGAGCUUGUAAGUAACGUAAUGAUCAUCUAUGCAACUGUGAAGCUCCCUAGUACCACUGUGAAUCAUCUCUGGCAAGAUGGUCCGGUUUCGGGGAACUCUCCUACGAGUCAUCAAACUUCAGGAAAUAACCUUGCAUCUGCAGGGAGUAUGAAUUUCUUGUCUGGAGCCACCACCGCCACUUCAGGAGGAACCUCUAGAACCAAAAGAAAGAACGUUCAUGGAGUAUUGAAUGCAGUGAGCUGGGGUAUCCUAUUGCCUAUUGGUGCCAUGAUAGCUAGGUACUUGAAGGUUUUCAAGGCAGCAGAUCCAGCCUGGUUUUAUCUCCACCUUACUUGUCAAACCUCCGCAUACGUAAUUGGAGUUGCUGGAUGGGCAACAGGUCUCAAACUUGGUAGUGAAUCUUCUGGAGUUCAAUAUGACGCUCACAGAAACAUUGGGAUAACCCUCUUUGUUCUUGGAACUCUUCAGGUGUUUGCCUUGCUUUUGAGGCCAAAGAAAGAGCAUAAGUUCCGUCUUUACUGGAACAUAUAUCAUCACUCGGUUGGAUACUGUGUCAUCAUCCUCAGCAUCGUCAACAUCUACAAGGGCUUUGAUAUUUUGGACCCUGAGAAGAAGUGGAAGAAAGCUUACACUGGUAUUAUUGUCAUAUUGGGCAUCAUUGCAUUGAUCCUGGAGGUCAUUACUUGGGUUAUUGUUCUCAAGAGGAAGAGGUCAAGGAGCACAGAAAAAUCUCACCAUGGUGUGAAUGGUGUGAAUGGAUAUGGUGCUACACCAGGAGUGUAGAUUAGAGAGAGAGACUGAUCUGUCCACAGACAGUUUUGUUUUUACACUUGCCAUGUAUUAUUAUUGAGGGAUCUCCUUAGAUUAGAGGCUAUUCUUUCUUAUAGUGUAGAGUGGUAUUUGGGAGGUUGUUGUUAUGUCCUUUGGGAUGCUUGUAUUUAUCUUUUUCUUUACUUCUUUUCUAGUUCACCGUUUUCUAUACAUUUGCUGUAUCAUAAAUAUUUGAAUCUUUGAUGUUUUAUACAGAGGUUCUCUGGUACUUGGAUAUUACCUUAA